GAGAGAGAGAUAGAGUGUGUGUGUGUGAGAAGCGGAAAGUCAAGCUUGCGCGCUGCUGGAAGUUUGCAGGCUGCACACUGGUGCUUGUCGGCGCGAGCGCUUUUCCUCGCGCUCUGGUUUGUUCUCUGACGUCUCGCGCGGCGGUAGUGGUGGUGGUGCGCGUGCUGUCUUUAUUUUUUUUAUUAUUGUUUUUUUUCGUUCUCUUCUUUCCAUGCGCGAUCAGAGGCGCGGAAGUUUGGGAGCGCGGUGGCCGAGCAGGUAGCCUCCUGCUGAGGAGACACACGCACAGGAGCACUCGAUUCCUCUUUCCCCGGCUCUUCACCGCCGCUUCGCCUCUAACCAACCGGCUCAUGAGCAAGAAUAAAGUUCAAUGGUGUCAUAUUGUUCGUGAGGAGCGCCGGAGCAGCAGCAGGGCGGCAGGAGAAUGGCUUCAAGUGAGCUCUGGAUGUUAUACACCAAGAAAGAUGUUAUCUACCUGCAGCAGUGUCUGGAGGCUUUUGUGGCAUCCUACGAGAAGAUCAUCGAUGUGCAGUCCCUGGAGCCACGCCGUCUGGAGGAGUGGAAUGCUGAGGUGCCUGUGGUGCCGCGAGAUUUUCUUGUGUUCCUGGGAACGCAGCUAUGGCACAGCAUCCUGCAACUGUCCGGUCAGGAGCAGAGCAACAGCACACCUCACCCGCUGCUCCUCAUCAAGUUCUUCAUCAUCAUCUGCAGGAACAUGGAGAAUAUUGACCCUGACAAGACCCCUGGCUUUGUGAUCGAAACCAUCAAGCUGUUAAGCUUCUGCCUCAAUCAGAUAAAAAAGAAGCCUGAAGAGCAAAGCAGUCUGCAGUCAGUGGUACAGCAUUGCCUGCUGCUCUGUGAAAACCUCUUUGACCCUUAUCAGACAUGGAGGAGAAGGCAGGCAGGUGAGGAGGUCAGCAUGCUGGAAAGGAGCAAAUAUAAAUUCUCCCCUCUCUCCCUGCCAGAGGAGCUACCUGCAUUCUUUCAUGAGUGCCUGCAGGAGAGCGAGCAAAUUCCCGAUCCACUAUUGCUGCGGUUGGUGCAUCUACAAGGUGCUGUCACUAGCGGGUGCAAGAAGAAUGGCCUGCUCUCCAUCACACCCCACGCUGUGGAGGAUCUCAUGUCUGUGCUGCGCUCCUGGUGUCUCCGUCCCGCCCAAGACAAGCCCAAGGACCCGCAAGUGUUGCGCCUGACGCUGCGCUGCCUGACUGCCAUGAUCCACUUGCUGCACAGCAGCAGCCCUGCCGAAAGACAGGUGGAGAUUAAGACUGUGCUCAGCAACUAUUUCCAGCUGCUCAACUGGAACAGACCACCAGCUAGUGAGCAUGCAGACGGCUCAGCCUGGGAGGAGAGCAUCAUCACCCUGCAAACACACAUGCUAAAUGCCAUCCCGGAGAUUCUGCAGUGUCCCGACCGACCCGUGCUGCAGGCCAUUUUUCUGAACAAUAACUGUUUCGAGCACAUUCUUCGCCUCAUCCAAAACAGCAAGCUCUAUCAGAGCAGCAGGGGUAGAACAGAGUAUGAGGCUCAGUGCGAACUCACCAUGCGUUUGCUCACAGAAGCUGAAGUGGAGCAGGUCUGGGAAAAAGGUUCUGACUGCAUUACAGUGCAUGCCAUUGGAGUCCUUACUGCCAUCAUGAGCAGCUCACCAUCUGCCAAGGAGGUCUUCAAGGAGCGCAUAGGCUACUCUCAACUCUUUGAUGUAUUAAAAAGCCAAGGGCAGCCAACUAAAAGGCUCCUCCAGGAGCUCAUGAGCAUGGUAUGCAAACUCGCUCACAGUUCAGCUGUCCCGCUGGGAAUCAGUAACGAGCAGCCCCUGCUCCUGCUUCUGCAGUGGCUUCCUGACCUAGGUUCUCGCUCUCUGCAGCUGCUGGUGUGUGAAUGGCUGUUGGCCGUGUGUCGCGGUUCUUUGGCGUGCCGCUCUGUGGCCGUGGAAGCCGGCUUGGUUGAUGUUGUGCUGGAUGUGCUGAACCAGGGUCCCGAGCGGCUUGAGCGCCAGUGUGCAGACGCUCUGUUGGGCCUGGUCCAGGAGCUCGGCUCACUCUCACUGCGCCCUCAUCACCUGAAGAGACUUUUAAGGCUGCUGCGCACAAACUCAGGCUCAUCGCCUCAUCCCUAUUGCACUCGCGCCGUACGGGCACUCGCUGCAAUGGCUGCGCACACCCACACGGGCAACAGAGCUCUGCAGUACUUUGACCUUUCGCCGCCUAUGGCUGGCAUCAUGGUGCCCGCCAUUCACCGCUGGCCGGGUAACGGCUUUGCGUUUCACGCCUGGCUGUGUCUCAACACCAACUUUCCUCCUCCAGUUCAGCAACACCACUCAGAGUCACACGUCAAUGUCCCUGAUAAUACACUCCGCAUGACCAAGGGUCCUCGCCGCAAGCAGCUCUACAGUUUCUUCACGGCAAGUGGGACAGGGUUUGAGGCUUUCUUCACCAUGGAGGGAGUACUGGUGGUAGCUGUGUGCACCAAGAAGGAGUACAUGGCAGUUUCACUGCCUGAAAUUCCCCUCAACGAUGGUGUCUGGCACUCCUUAGCUAUAGUGCACAUCUCAGGUCGAAGGCCGUUCGGACAGAACCUGGUCACCAUCUAUGUGGACGGAAACUCGUGUAAGACAGCACAGCUGCGCUUCCCUACACUCAGUGAGCCCUUUACAUCCUGCUGUAUUGGUUCAGCGGGUCACCGCACCACCACCACCACUACCUCCCCGACUCUGCCUGUCCCGGUACACUCACCUGAGCUGGCAUUCUCCAUGUCCGCUGGUCCUCCAGCUCUCACCCGCUCUCAGUCUUUUCCAGCCUCGUUUGCUGCAGGAGGGGGAGGACGCUGGAGUUUGGGCAGAGAUGUCCCUGUCUAUACCAUUCCUGCAGGACUACAGGACACAGAGUGGGGCUCACCAUCAUCACUGGAUGGCCUGCUGGCCACAGCCUUUAUCUGCCACGAAGCACUGCAGCCUGCACAGACACGUGCACUCUAUAUGGCUGGUCCCAAUAGCGUGUCCCUGUUUAAAGCGGAUGGAGAACUCUCAGAGCUCUGCAGUAAACUCCUCUUAUACUACACACCUCAGGCCUGUAAAAACCAGAUCUGUCUGGAUCUGUCUCCCAACCAUACGUAUGACGGCAGACUAACUGGACACAGGGUUGUCAACUGGGACGUCAAGGGUGUGCUGAACUGUGUUGGUGGAAUGGGGGCUUUGCUGCCCCUCCUAGAGCAGGUGUGUGUGCUGGAGCAGGGUGACAAUGCUGGGCAGGAGACCUCUGACCUGCUGGGACCAGAUCUCACUUCCUCCAGGGGUCCUGCAGGCAUGUUGCUCCCCCUGGGAAAAUCCUGUGAAGGCCGUUUGGAAAGGAACAGCGUGGCCGCUUUUCUUCUCAUGGUUAGAAACAUGCUGCGCAAUCACCCGGUCAAUCAAGAAAGUCUCCUCCAGUGCCAUGGGCCACCCAUCAUCGGAGCCAUGCUCAGCAAGGUGCCCAGCAGUAUGAUGGAUAUGAGUGUGUUAAUGGCAUGUCAGCUGCUACUGGAGCAGGUCUCCAGUGAUGGCAACAGCGCUCUGCUGUCUCAGCUCUACCAGCACCUCCUGUUUGAUUUCCGCAUCUGGAGCCACUGUCACUUUGCAGUCUGCCUCGGCCAUGUGCAGUAUCUGUCCUCUGUCUUGAAGGAGGGCAAGCAGAGGACACGCAGAAAGUAUGGCGUUCAGUACAUCCUGGACUCCAUUCGGUCACACUACAGUGUGGAGAAGGAUGGCAGUGCUCUGUCAGAUGAGAAGAAGACAGUGCAGACAUCACUCUUUGAUCUACUGAAAGAUUUCCUUUUGAAGUCUCCCACUACGAGGGAGCUGCACAGUAUUCUGGCUUACACUGUAGUAGUACAAGACCAGCAGCAGGCGAUCAUGCUGUUGGAUGUUUUGUAUGCUGUGUUGAGGAGCAGCCCUCAGGCUCUGUCUGUGCUCCUGGAGUGGGGUGUGGAGCAGCUCUACUGUCUGCUACUGAAGCCCAGCUUUAGUGAUGAAGCACGUGAAAGAGUGUUCAGGAUCAUGUACAAAGUGCUGAAGAGCGAACGAGUCCCAGAGCGUGGAAAACAGCGCAUCAAGCUGCGAGAGCCCACCUACCUGGGCCUGGUCUGCUUCCUGCAAGAGGUCCCAGUCACCAUGACAGUCGUCCGCUGCCUGUACGAGCAGGUGCUGGCUACAGAUCAAUCACCCAGCUUCAAAGACCUUUUGGCAGUCGUGUACCUGUCCCAUCGAGCUGAUCUCACCGUCCGACUGGAUAUAUGUCGCAAGCUUUUCUACCUGAUCUACUCCAACGAGGACUACAUAAAGCAGCUGGCCCGGCAGCCUGGCUGGCAGAAUGUUCUAACUAAACUCUACAUCAAAGAGUCCUAUGAAUCUUGCACCGUCAGCAUAUCCAGCCCUCACACUUCCCUGGAGCCUACUUCUUCCAGGCCUCUGCUACGAAGGGAUGAAAGCAUGCUAGACGUCCCUCGGUCUGACGUCUUCAUCCCCUACAGCUCCCAGCGAGAGGAAAUAGAGGAGGACGAGGAUGAAGAAGAAGAUAGAUCCCGCGAAAUUACAGAAGGUUUUAUGGAAUUGUCACAGUCUCCACCUGCAGGAGGUCAGCUGAAGAGCUUCGGUGACUCCAUGAACUUCAAGUCUUUUGACUCGGUGGAACAGGGCAGCCGCUCGUCAUCCCUGUCCAACAUGGUGGACGCGCCAUCCACGUCACAGCUGUUGGAAGAAGAGGAUGAGGGUCUCUAUCAGCCGAUCUCACCAUUCGGUACCUCGCCGCUGGAGCUGGAGCUGGGAGGACAUAGAGGAUUGCAGACUCCAGAUACGCCGUCUCCACUAGACCAUAACAAGCCUUUUCUUGGCCUCAGAGCACGCAAGAGCUCCAGUUUGUCUAAUGUGCUGGAUGACACCAGCUACUGCACUGAGCCUCCAACUGCUGAUACCAUCUCCAACAACUCCAACCCACAGCAGGCCCCAGAGGAGGAGUUGUGCAACUUGCUGACUAACGUUGUGUUUCGAGUUCUGUGGACUGGCACAGAAGGCACGGAGGAUGCAGUGUGGAGAGAGAGAGGGCAGGUUUUUUCGGCUCUCACCAAACUGGGCUCUUCCUGGCAGCUCGUGCGCCCCCCGGAUGAUAUCAAGCGCAGUCUUCUGGAGAUGAUGCUGGAGUCGUCUCUUUCAGACCUGCGGGACUCCCAGGGCAUGUCUUUGCCUCAUAUUCCAUCCUUGCUUCGCCUCCUCAGGCUGCUGCAGGACUUCCUGUUUGCCGAGGGCACGGAUAAUCAAACACUGUGGAGCGAAAAGAUCUUUGAGGGAGUGGUGAAUCUGCUCGAUAGGCUGCAGGCAUGGCACACCACUUCUACAACAGCUGGUGCUGCAGAGCUCAAACGGAUGGCCCAGAUUGGCCUGUGGAUAAUUACUGGCUACAUACAGCAACAGAGCUCGCAGGUGUGCGAGAUGGCAUGCGUGAAACUGCACAGUCUACUGCAGACAGUUUUGUGCCUCUCAUGGGAGGAGGUCUGUUUCCUGUUGGGCCGUCUGGGUGCCACUCUGUGGCCUGUAGAAAGUAUAGCUCUGAUGGCUGGCACAGCGGGUCUAGAGGCAGUGUUGAGGCCACUAGUGCCAGUGGUGCGCACACUCCUGGAUCAGCAUGCUGACCCAACCAAGCUGCAGCUGCUUCUGCCAAGCCUGCCUCCCACCAACGGCAGUGCCACCUUUGCCCAGGACCUGCUGUCCUACUGCAGCACAGCCGAGUGGCAGCUCUUCUACUGCAACCAUGUGAAACCCACCAUGCAACAGUACGAGUUGGAUACUUUUGGAAAAAGCCACGACUUGCUGUCCAACUUCUGGAACUCGUGUUUUGACGACCUAAUGAGCACCGCCGAAAAGAACAACAUGGACAAAGCCGGUGUCAGAGCCAAGUUUCAGGAGUUGAUAGUAGACCCAUACCUGAGGCGCGUACGCAUUGAGAACGGACGCUAUGUGGGUGCACAGAAGCUAAACAACAGCCAGCAGGGGGUGGUGUGGAAGCACUGGAAAUCCCUUCGCAGGCUGCUCACCAGUGAGAGAGGAGCUUGGGCAAACAGGGAUCAGCCAGAAGUGAAGUGGAAGCUGUCUAGUGCAGAGACGUACUCCAAGAUGCGUUUAAAGCUCGUGCCCAACUACAACUUCGACUCUCACAGCGAGGCUAGCGCACUUCGGGAUAACAUGGGUGCCGAAAGCCCUCGCAGCUCCACCGAGCCCCUCCCACUGGCUGUAGCUAAAGAAGCUAAAGUAAGUGACAUGGAAGAUGACCAGCUGGAGGAAGAAGACCUUCUAUUUAUUGACAGCCAGGCGGAGGAGGUGGAGGAGGAGAGCCAAAAGGAAAAGCUUGUGCUCUCUGAGGACUGUGAGCUCAUCACUAUAGUAGCUGUGGUGACGGGGCGCCUUGAAGUUACUACACACCACAUCUACUUUUAUGAUGCCAGCAAUGAGAAGGAGGAGACAGAGGAGGGCAUAGGUUUCGAUUUCAAGCGCUCACUAAAUCAGCUGAGAGAAGUCCACCUGAGACGCUACAACCUGCGGCGCUCGGCGCUCGAGCUUUUCUUUAUCGACCAGGCUCACUACUUCAUCAACUUCAGGAAGAAGGUGCGGAACAAAGUCUACACCAGGAUUCUUGGCCUCCGGCCUCCUAAUCUGUUUUACUUCGGCUCCCGGUCUCCUCAGGAACUUCUCAAAGCCUCCAAUCUCACUCAGAAAUGGGUGUGCAGAGAGAUCUCCAACUUUGAGUAUCUCAUGCAGCUCAACACCAUUGCAGGUCGCACCUAUAACGAUCUCUCUCAGUACCCUGUGUUCCCCUGGGUGCUAUGUGACUACACAUCUAGUGUACUGGACUUAGAAGAUCCGGCUGUGUUCAGAGAUCUGUCUAAACCCAUUGGAGUGGUGAACCCUCGUCAUGCCCAGGAUGUCAGAGAGAAGUACGAGAGCUUUGAAGACCCCGCAGGCACCGUUGAUAAGUUCCACUACGGCACACACUACUCCAACGCAGCAGGAGUCAUGCACUACAUGAUCCGCAUGGAGCCUUUCACCAGACUCCACAUCCAGCUGCAGAGCGGCAAGUUCGACUGUGCAGACAGACAGUUUCACUCAGUAGCAGCAGCAUGGCAGGCUCGUAUGGAAAGCCCAGCCGAUGUGAAAGAGCUCAUCCCCGAGUUCUUCUACUUCCCAGAAUUCCUGCAAAACAUGAACGGGUUCAAUUUGGGCUGUCUUCAGGUAAAUCAGGACCAAGUGAAUGAUGUGGUGCUGCCAAACUGGGCUUCUUCAAGAGAAGAUUUCAUCAGAAAACAUCGCCAGGCGCUUGAGAGUGAGCAUGUGUCUGCCCACCUGCACGAGUGGAUUGAUCUGAUAUUUGGCUAUAAACAGCGUGGGUCUGCCGCUGUGGAGGCGCUCAACGUGUUCUACUACUGCACAUAUGAAGGUGCAGUGGAUCUGGAUGCCAUAGCCAAUGAGACUGAACGCAAGGCUUUGGAGGGCAUUAUAAGUAACUUUGGGCAAACACCUUGUCAGCUUCUCAAGGAGCCGCAUCCUCCCCGUAUGUUAGCGCAGAGCGCAUCCAGACGGCAGGCACGUAUCGACACACUGCCUCCCAACCUCUUUGAGCAGCUGGAUAAACUGAGAUCGUUCGUGGAGGUGGUGAAUGAUGGUGUGCCUCUAGUUCAGGCUAUGGUGCCCAGGAAUCAGACUCACUCCUUCAUCAUACCGGGGUCCGAUGUGCUGGUGACUGUGAGCUCUAAAGGACAGAUUGGAACACACAGCUGGCUGCCCUACGACAAGAACAUCGCCAAUUAUUUCACUUUUACUAAGGACCCCACGAUGAGCAAUCCGAAAACUCAUCGGUUCCUGAGUGGACCCUUCUCCCCAGGGGUGGACAUGGGGGCCCAGGUGCUGGUGGUGUCCACUGACGCCCGCCUGCUGUUCAGCGGGGGGCACUGGGACUGCAGCCUCCGUGUCACCACACUGGCCAAGGCCAAACUAGUGGGCAGGAUCUGCCGUCAUGCAGAUGUGGUGACGUGUCUGGCUUUGGACCUGUGUGGUAUCUACCUCAUCUCAGGCUCUCGUGACACCACCUGCAUGGUGUGGCAGGUUCUCCAACAGGGUGGUUUCUCCACUGGUCUAUGUCCACGACCUGUGCAGGUGCUGUGUGGUCAUGAUGUAGAGGUCACCUGUGUCUCCAUAAGCACUGAGCUGGACAUGGCUGUUUCAGGAUCAAAAGAUGGUAUCGUGAUCGUGCACAGCAUCCGACGAGGACAGUAUCUCCGCACGCUGCGUCCUCCCUGCGAGAGCUGCGUUUCUGUCCGUGUAAACCAACUGCAGGUGGGAAUGGAGGGUCACAUGGUGGCACAGUCUGUCCUGGAGGGCUGCUCUGGUGGGAAGGAGAAGUGUGCACUGCAUGUGUACUCUGUGAACGGCACACUGUUGGCGUCCUCGGUGCUGGAGGAGCCAGUGUCGGCGCUGUAUAUGGUUUCUGACUACCUCAUACUGGGCACACUACAGGGCAACUUGCACAUUAAAAAUCUGUUCAGCUUAGAGCAGGCUACUAAGCCCUUGGCGCUGAAGCUCCCUAUUCGCAGUGUAUCAGUCACCAAGGAGAGCAGUCACAUUCUGGUGGGACUGGAGGACGGCAAACUCAUCGUUGUGGGAGCUGGAAAACCAGAGGAGGUGCGCUCAGGCCAGUUCUCUCGGCGUCUCUGGGGAUCUACACGCAGAAUCUCUCAGGUGUCUUCAGGAGAGACUGAAUACAACCCUACUGACCAUGCUGGGAAAUGAGCAUACACACUCCGCAUGCCUUCAACAGCACUCUUUAUACACACACACACACACACACACACACACACACCUGAGAUGUUGACCCUGUAGACAGGUCUGCAUACUUAGGGCUGCUGCUCUGGUUUUAUGGAUUAAAGCAGAGUCACCCAAAGCUGCACUUUUUAAAAACAAGCAAAAGGAAAAGGGACAUUUCUAUUUUAUUAUAUUGGACUGUUUUUUUUUGUUGUUGUUUUUAGAAGUAAUCAUUCCAAAGCGUGAGAAUCUGAGAAAGGCUUACACUCACCUGAACUGGGAUGUGAGAGUGGAUUCAGUCUCGGAGCCAGGAAUUCUGGAAUAACAGGACGUCCUGACACACACCAUGUACGCUGGGGACGAAGCUAAAGACACACAGACCUCUCUUGAGCUGCUGGUUGUGGCCGGAGUGUGUCGUCAUCUGUCAAGCAGCCCACACACUGAUAUAUUAACAGGAUCUUUUAGCAUUGUGUGUGUAAGGAAUAGAGAGAGAGGAAAGAAAGAAAGAGCAUUCGCUUCUUUUUUUUUUUUUUUUUUUUUAAUGUGUGUGUGAGAGUGUGUGGGUGAAUAUCCCGUGGUUGCACGCAGUUGCUUAAAGCAAUUAUCAAAGCACAUUUAGUUAACUUUCGCUUGAUAUUUUGCUCUUAAUGCACCUCGAGAUUCAAAAGACUUGUAAAAUUUGUGCCUUUAACGAAAAUUUCUGUCUGUUACUACACUGUUAGACAAAUCUAUGUUUGUAAUGGCGUAUUUUUGCGUCGCACUCGUUUGUGUCGUUUUUGUAGCGGGCUUACGCACUGGUUGCAGGUUUUUGUUUGGGUUUUUUUUUGUUUUGUGUGUGUGUAAAAAAAAAAAAAAGUGCCUCUCUGAUUCCUGUGUUAAAAUGCAUCGCUUUGGAAGAGUAUAUUUUAUUCAAUUCUCAUCGUCGUCGUUGCUCUUCGUUCCUGCGUGUCUUCUGCUUUCAAGUGCCUCAAAGACUAAAAUGAUUCAAAACAAUGAAUCUUAGCAAUACAUGAAACUGCUUUUACACUUGUCGUGUAAAUGUGAGUCUUGGCGUUAAGCGUUUCGAGUCGCCCGCACUGGUAUGUUUUUCUUUUCUUUUCUUUUUAUGGUGAAACACUCGAUCCUUUGAAGAGUGUUGUGAGUCUGUAGAACACAUGGGAAUGCAGCCAUGCUGAGCUCGAGCUGCACUGUCCCCCUCCCCAUCCCUUGGCCCUAUGGACUGCCGCUCAGCACACAUCCUUUUUUUUUUUUACCACCCAGCUUUCCCUGCUCGUCUUUUCUACUAUAAUACAGGUCAAACACUGGCAAGCGCGAAAUGUUUGAUGCCUUUUAAAGCCUUCACCACUGCUGUUUUGUUCGACUGGACCCACGCCACCUCUUCACGCACUUUUUUUUUUUUAAAUUCCUGUUACAAUCUGAAGCAAUGUACUCAAGUUUGUGUUUCUCAUUUGUUGUGAACACUGCUGUGCAGAGUGAAUGAGUCUUUUCAUGUUAGCACCAUUGCCUUCUAUUCAUGCCUUGCACUCCGCGUAAACACAGCGGGAAUAAACGAUGUGACGAGAUGCCCUGCGGUGAGCUCUGGCACGCACACUGUUGGGAGUUUUGUCUUCACACCAAUUCAUAUCGCUGCGUUCGGUCUUGUAGCUGGCUGGUGUUUAUUAACCGCCGCAAACUUUGCAUCUGUGAUCCUUUUUUUGUUCUUGUUUUUUUUUUUUUUUCCCCCAUAUGUGUAAGAGUGGGUGUGUAUGAACAUGAAAUACAUCUUGUUUCUUUCUUUCAA